AUGAAUUUAAAUCCGAUGAUUGCUAAACAAAAACCAAAUGGAAAUAUACAAUGUUUGAUUUGUAAUCAAGAGGUAACAUUUUUGAACUUUGAAAUUUUUUGUUAUCUAAUUAACCACGUGGCAUUCUAUUGAAAAAUUCAACAAUAUUUUUUUCAAAAUCUUUAAAAUUUCAGAUAAAACCGAAAAUUUGGACAGCACAUAUAAAUGGAAAAAAGCAUCGGCAAAAUAUUGAAGAUUUGAAGACGAAGACAGCAAAACGAGCGAAAAAUGUAGAAAAGUUGGACCUGCAAAAUGAGCCGCCGAGUAAAAAGGCCAAACAAGACUCCGCAAUUCCGCAGGAUUUUUUCCAAUCUGGGAAUCAAAAUCAAACUUCAUCGACUCAAAAUAAAUCCGAAAAUACGAUCGAAGGUUUGCCGAGCGGAUUUUUCGAUGAUAAAAAAAUGGAUGAAAAAAGUGCGGAAAGUCGCGAGAAAAUGGCACAACUUGAUUUGGAAUUUGAAAAAUGGAAAGAGGAAAUUGGAGAAGAACAAAAUGAACAAGAAAAGAAAGAGGAGGAAAAAGAAGCUGAAGAACAAAGAGAAUUAGAAAUCGAGAGAAUUGAUGAACAAAUGAAAGCAUUGAAAAAAUUGAAUGAUUUGGAAAUUGAAAAAGAAAAACGAUUGAAUCAGGUAGGGAAGAUUUGGGGAGCAGAGAAAACAAUAUCUAAAUUUGAAAUAUCUAAAUUUGUUUUCCCUUUUUCAAAUGCUCAAUUUCCAGGCAAUCGAACGACGAAAACAGCGAGAAGAAGAGCAAAAAAUGGAAGAAGACGAAGCUGAAGAAGACGGCGAUUUGUCAAAUAUCGAUUUUGAUGAUUUGGAUUGGCGAGCAAAAGACAUUUUCUCAUGA